UUUGACCUCUAAAGUGAUAACUGAUAAUUAUAUUUUUUAAAUGGAGCUGUAGUUAUCGUACAAAAAAAAAAUAUUAAUUUUAUAGCCAAGUAAAUUCGUAUUUUAUAUAUAUUCAUGUCCAGCGUAUUCUAUAUUCUAUAUAGGUAUUCUUGAAGAUAGUGGUGCUUGUUGAGCAUAUGAUACGAAAUAAUUUUAAAUUUAUAGAGAAACGUAUUGAACUUAAAGCAAAAUUAUUUUUAACGUAUCAUUACUUAUGUUUCGUAAUUAUGUUUAAAUUUUUUUGUACAAGAAUUCGCAUAGUAUUAACACAAUGAAUAUUAAUGGACUUGAUUGAGAAUCACUGGUUGAUAAACGCGUACGUGCGCGGGCUUUUAAACGCGAAGUUAUCUUUGCCGUCGUCAAUAGGGGUUUCUUGAUACUUCUAUGCUAUAUCUUCUAAAAAUUAUUUUCGUACCUUCAAGUGUGUGAAAUUACACUACAGAAAAUUAAUAUUUACUUAUAAUUAAUAUUAAUAUUAAUUUAUAAUUAAUAAUUAUACUGUAGAAAGUAAAAAUUAAGAGAUUAAUUAUAAAAUAUAUUGUAUUUUUCCAGGUUCAAAUGAUUCAAGAACAAAUGCAUGCUUUAGUAGAUACCCAAUCGGUCGGGGAAGAACGGUAUGCUAGGGUGAAACAGGAAAAUGCUAUGUUACAAGCAAGAAUUUUAAUGUUAGAAGAAGCUGCCAAAGAUGCUGAAACUAGAGCCGAAGAAAGACUUCAGGCGGAACAACGAAGACAUAGAGAUUGGGCAAGUCGUUUAGAACGCGAGCGACAGUUACAAUUAGAAAAUUAUGCCAUCAAGUUGCAAGCAAUAGAAUUGGAAGGAACUAGUUUAAGGGAUGAAAUAGGAAGGUUACGUGAACAGUUGGAAAAAGCUAAAGCAGAGAAAAAUCGGCUGGAAAAUGAUUUGGAAGAAGCUAGAAGAGAAAUAGAUACUGUUCGUGAAAGUGAGCGGCAAGCCAUAAGCCGGGCUAACGAAACUCACUAUCAGCUUGAAGCUAUUAGAGAAGAACUUUCUAUGAAAGUCGAGGAUCAACAAAAAAUAGAGGAAUUAAUGCAAGAAUUAGCGGAACUUCGGGCUCGUAAUAAAAGUUUGGAGGAAUCCCGCGACGAAUUACAAGCUGCAGCGGCCCUGCAGGCAGGCCGUGAACUUUUAAUGUUAAAUCCUUGUAAUAAUUCUACUGAGAAAGGACCUAGUCUCGCUGUAGAAUUAUUAGCUGGCAUGAAUCAAGAUCAAAUAAGACAAGCUUUAAAGGAACAACAGGAGGUCAAUACGCAAUUAAGGACAUACAUUGAUGGGAUCUUAUUGAAUAUAGUUGAAAACUACCCCCAAUUGUUAGAAGUGAAACAAAGUCAUUGAACUAUUACAUGAAUAGACAGUUAUUGAAUUUAAUGUUAAUCGUUCAAGGCAGUUGUACUUUGUUGGAAUUCUUGAUUAUUUAUAGAUUUAUACGAACAAUUUUGUCAUAGUUCUACACAAGUACCAUAUGGGAAAGCAAUUUCCGUCCAUGUGAACUUAAAAUUU